AGACGAAAACCGUGGGAGGAAUUCGGGAAAAACCGUGGGCGGUAAUGGACUCAAACAGCUUUUUCUAAAGAAAAAGAAAAAGAAAAAGCUCUUCUCUCUCUCAAAAAUUUUCUUCUUCAUUUUCUCUUCGGACUUCGGUCCCCGGAAAAAGGAGCACGAUGUCAAACAGUCUCCCAAAUGAAGUUAUCGCCGAAAUCCUAUCACGAUUGCCCGUGAAGUCGGUGAUCAGAUUCAGGUGCGUUUCCAAGACAUGGUGCUCUCUCAUCUCCAGCCCCCAUUUCAUCGCCACCCACCUCAGCCGCGCUCUUUCCAACCCCCAAUACCCAUCCAACCUUGUGUUCCACCAUUUCGACUACCUAUUCAAGAAAGACCGAUCCCCUGCCAUCCGCAUCCACCUGCUGUCUCUUGAUGCAGAAGUACAAAAGAGAAGUUUGGUCACUCAAGAAUUUGAUGUCAGAGACAAAAAAGAUCCAUCAGAUUUCAUGGUAUCACGUUGCUCGUACGAUUGCAUGGAAGUAAUUGGUUCGUCUAACGGCCUAUUUUGUCUCACCAGUGGUUUUGAUUCAUACGUUCUCUGCAACCCUUGUAUUCAAAAAGCCAUAUCCAUUCCGCACCCUAAUAUUGGCCCUCGGGGAUUUGAAUUCGAAACUCAUGGCUUUGGGUAUUGCCCCAGGACUGACGAUUACAAAGUGGUGAGGAUUGUAUAUGUCGAAGGCACCACUCAUUCUCUGGUUGAGAUUUAUACGCUUCGAACUGGUGCAUGGCGCUCUUUUACGGCCCCCGGUCCUCCCUACUACUUUAGAGAACCCAUGGGCGGAGGCUCGUUACGUAAUGUUUUCUUUAAUGGGGCAGUCCACUGGCCAGCUUGCACUCCUGAGCACCCCCACCCGUUUCGCCAUUUUAUCGUGUCGUUCGAUAUGGAGGAUGAGGUGUUUCGUGAAAUGGCUAUGCCAAAGAGUUUACAAGGCGAGGAAACCUUCGAAUUUUUUAUGUCGGUAGUUGAUGGGUUGCUUGCUGUUAUCCCCUACAGGGACAAUCAGGAGGAUAUGUCCGUGUGGGUGAUGAAAGAGUAUGGAACAGCGGAAUCUUGGACUAAGCAGAUCGACAUUAAGUUUGAGUGUGGAUCAUAUUCAUGUGGUCCGAUAGGCUUUACAAAGAACGGUGAAGUUCUACUAGAGGACCAGGAGGAAAAUUUGUGUUCUUACGAACGUAAUAGCGAACAAUCCUGGUAUCUUCACAUUUAUGAUGUAAGUGACUGGCUUUAUUUCGAUUCUUAUGUGGAGAGCCUUGCUCUACUGAAUGUAGCAGACGGAGUUUUGGAAGUGCAAGCAACUUCGUCUCGUGUCAGUAAGCUCAAGGCGAAAGAAAAGAAGAGAAAAAGGAAGAUACGGAUGUUGAGACAGUGAUUCAGUUGCGAGCAAGCUGGAAAAGCAGGAGGUUUUACUGAUCCAGUCCCAAGUCAAAUCAUGCUUGGUGGUAGUAGUUCAAAUGGUUUGAGAAAAGAGUAUUAUCAUGUACUAGCUGCUCGUACUACAGUUAUUGGUUAGUUUGAUGGUUGGACUUGGAAGGGCUUUAAUGGGUAGUAAUUACAACUUUCAUGCUUAAUUGUCUAUUGCCAACGCUUUCCUUCACUUGACGGAAUCCUUGCAGAAAAUACCUCAAGUUAAGUCGAAAUGGUUAUAAAGCAAUAAUAAAGUAGAAAAUGAUGCUACAAUGAAAACAUGGGUUUUCUGGUAGUGGCAGAGAGAUCAGAUAAGAGGGCAAUACAGUGGAAGAACAAGAUAAUGCUAAAACAUCAUAACUUAGCGAAUGAUAAGAUGAUAUCAAGUAUCUCAA